AUGAAAAUGGAAGAUGCAAAGUUAAUAUCAAAUGCAAGGAGAUGCAAAGAUGCAAAUAAACGUAAAACUAAAGCCGAACAUGAAGAAUCAGGAAAGCCAGUAAAAGCAAAGAGAAGAAAGCUAGCAAAAGCAAAGAGAGAAACCAAUGAACGCAAAGAAAGUAAAGCCAACAAAUUCGAAAAG